UCAUUAAUCCACCAGCUAAUAAUCUGAGUGUCGCUUUUUAUAUUUGUGUGUCUGUGUGCAGGUAUAACACAGAGCAGUAUUCUCCAUAUGCGGCCCCGUCCCCUCAGGGCUCCUACCAGCCCAGCCCCAGCCCUCAGAGCUACCACCAGGUGGCGCCCUCACCUGUCGGCUACCAGAAUACGCACUCACCAGCCAGCUACCACCCUACGCCGUCCCCCAUGGCUUACCAGGCGAGUCCCAGUCCGAGUCCCGUGGGCUACAGUCCCAUGACGCCCGGAGCGCCCUCUCCUGGAGGCUACAACCCUCACACCCCGGGCUCCAACAUCGAGCAGGGCGGCAGCGACUGGGUGACCACCGACAUCCUGGUGCGAGUGAAGGACUCGUUCAUGGACCUGAUGGGGCAGACCGGGGUCAUCCGCAGCGUCACGGGAGGGAUGUGCUCGGUGUUCAUGCAGGAAUCUGAGAAGGUGGUGAGCGUCAGCAGCGAUCACCUGGAGCCGGUCACGCCCACCAAAAACAACAAGGUGAAGGUGAUUCUCGGAGAGGACCGCGAGGCCACGGGGAUCCUUCUGAGCAUCGACGGAGACGACGGCAUCGUGCGCAUGGAGCUGGACGACCAGCUCAAGAUCCUGAACCUGCGGUUCCUGGGCCGCCUCGAGCACUGAGCCUCGCAGAGCUCCCACACAAACAUCUGGUUUUUAUUACCUAAAGAUCCAAAAACCACAUCUGGCUCUGUGUGCGGUUCAGCAGAUCUCUCUGUUUUUGGCAUUUUUAUUUCCUUCUUUUCUUAUUAGUGGUCUGAAUCUGCUUUUAGUGCUUUUCCUUCAUGUUCUGUCUGUGACUUUGGUUUUCUUGAUGCAGCAGGAUGAAAAUAAUGUGUAACAUGUUAAUAAACUGAUUCAGUG